GCGCCGCGCUGCGCUCCGUGUUGUGGUCGCGUCUGCGCAUGCGCCCCACAUUGGACUUACUGCACUGGUCAGAAUAAGUUGGAUCUCGCCUUGUCUUCCCUAAAAGAAGAAAAAAAACAAAACCAAACCACAUGCAACUAUGGCGGUGUUGAGAAUAAGGGAGAUGAAGGUGUCCCUGCCCCUCGUGCUGCUGGCGGUGUGUGCGCACAGUUCCAGUGUAAAUGACCCUAGCAAUAUGUCUCUGGUCAAGGAGACGGUGGACAGGUUGCUGAAGGGAUAUGAUAUACGACUGAGGCCAGAUUUCGGAGGUCCCCCGGUCGGUGUGGGCAUGAAUAUAGACAUAGCGAGCAUAGACAUGGUCUCAGAAGUCAAUAUGGACUACACGCUGACCAUGUACUUCCAGCAGGCGUGGCGGGACAAGCGGCUGUCCUACUCGGAGAUCCCCCUCAACCUGACCCUAGAUAACCGCGUGGCCGACCAGCUCUGGGUGCCCGACACCUACUUCCUCAACGACAAGAAGUCCUUUGUGCACGGCGUCACGGUGAAGAACCGCAUGAUACGCCUGCACCCCGACGGCACGGUGCUGUACGGCCUGAGGUCUCUCCCCGCCCCCUUGCCCCUUGCUCCAGAUGGUUACACGACGGAUGACAUUGAGUUCUACUGGCGUGGAGGGCACAACGCCGUCACGGGCGUGGAGCGCAUAGAGCUGCCCCAGUUCUCCAUCGUGGACCACAAGCUCAUCUCCAAGAACGUUGUGUUCUCCACAGGGUCCUACCCCCGGCUGUCCCUGAGCUUCAAGCUGAAGAGGAACAUCGGCUACUUCAUCCUGCAGACCUACAUGCCCUCCAUCCUGAUCACCAUCCUUUCCUGGGUCUCCUUCUGGAUCAACUACGACGCCUCGGCCGCCAGAGUGGCCCUCGGCAUCACCACGGUGCUCACCAUGACGACCAUCAACACUCAUCUGAGGGAGACCCUGCCUAAGAUCCCCUACGUCAAGGCCAUCGACAUGUACCUCAUGGGCUGCUUUGUGUUCGUGUUCCUCGCCCUGCUGGAGUACGCCCUGGUCAACUACAUCUUCUUUGGACGAGGCCCCCAGCGGCAGAAGAAGGCGGCGGAGAAGAUAUCCACAGCAAACAACGAGAAGAUGCUGAUGGACCCAAAUAAGUGGCUGGUGGGUAAUGUAGUCGGGAGGGACGAUACUCUGUACUCGAGGAUGAAGCAGAGGGACCUGGACGGACGCGACCCGAUGUGGGAGCCCAUCUUCAUGGACGAUGCAGGGCUCGGACUGGGAGAUCCGAAGAAUAAGAUGGACUCCCAUGAAAACAUCCUGCUGGGCACCCUGGACAUCAAGAACGAGAUGGGCCCGUCGGAGCUGGCGCUCGGCCUGAACGACCCGCGCAACACCAUGCUGACGUACGACAGCUCCACGCUGCAGUACCGCAAGGCCGGCCUGGCCCGGCACAACUUUGGCCGCAACGCACUGGAGCGCCACGUCACCCAGAAGAAGAGCCGGCUACGGCGGCGCGCCUCCCAGCUCAAGAUCAACAUCCCCGACCUGACGGACGUCAACUCCAUCGACAAGUGGUCACGGAUAAUCUUCCCCACCGUCUUCUCCCUCUUCAACAUCAUCUAUUGGCUGUACUAUGUCAACUGAAGACAGGGGGAGGAGGGGCGAGGGGGGACUUUGAUUAGGGCGGGCGACAGAGGAGCUGCGUCACGUGCAUCUUCUCGUUUCUAUUGGUUCUUUUUUUUGUUUAUUUGUGUUUGUUCGGUUUGGUUUCAUUUGUGUGGGAUUUUGCAAAAACAAAGACUGAAUUGCGAUGCUAACGAGGGCCCAUCAACGCCAGGACUGGAUCAUCUGAAACGUGGAACAUAGCACAAUAACUGGCAAACGCGGGGGAAAAAGCAAAAACCUUAUCGGCAAAGAUAUUCAAGACGUACAUCGUGCCUGUUCCUGAGUUUUUAUAUGAUUUAAAUUGUUAUUUGGUAUGAGUUAUAUUUGUUUUAACUUUGUAUAAUGUAUUGGAGAUUCUUAAACAUAUGAUACAGCUUCAGGAUAGGAAUUAUCUUAGUCACUGGGAAAACAGCUAUACAUGAAAACAUUGCUCUUUUUCUCAUUAAGGUCUGUAUUAUACAUUCUACACUACUGUGUGACAUGAAAAUAUUCAGAUUUCAGAUAAAAUAUUUUCUACUUUAAUACAAUAGGAGCACUUUAAAGGGGAUUUGUAUUAUCUUAAUUCAAUAUAUGAAUACUCUUUUUGAUAGCUUAAAAGACGGUCAAACAAACUGAGAUCAUUCCAAACAUCCUAGGUUUAACUGGAGACUGCCGACUCAAACCUUACCGAUGGUCAGCACAUCCAACUGCUUAACGCCCAGGCCUGCCACCCUACUCAUGUUUAGUUCAAGAAAGGAACGCACAUAUCAAUUCCCCCGUUUAACUGUUCAAACACUUAGGUCAAUAAAAGCGCUGAAUUUAAUCAGGAGGAAUCCCAAAAAGUAUAGCAACUGAUAGUACAGCAAAAUAUGGCUCUUAUAUUUGUGUGCGGGUAUACAAAGAGUGGUCUUUGGUGUUGUCUUAUUUAAAUGAAUAUAAGAUAAUCCCAAUACACCUUAACGACUGAAUGAUUGAGCCGGUUUAUGAGACUGCCUUCGAUGAGAUCGAAAUGAAAACAAGUACCUGCCUCCUUCCUUAAGACAAUAUAAAUGUAAAUAUAUUAAUAUCUUAAAUUAUUUUAAGAUUUGUAAGUUAUCCCCUGCCCUACCCUUUUAAAGGCCUCACAUACUUAUUUAUUCUAAGAAAAAAAAUAGCCAUCAAAUAAACUAUAAAGUCUUAUUACGCAACUCUUUUUUUCUAAAAUAAAAACACAUAUUUUAUAUAGUACAAUGCCAAAAUGUGUAUAUUUACAGAGUAGUUACCAACUCAGUAUUCUAGGGAAGGCUUCCAUUGGUGCAGAAGUGAUGGCAGAGUGGGCCAUGCUUCCUCUUUGAUGAUAUCGUAGCUAGCUUUUGUAUAACCUUUACACACAUCAGAGGUAUGAUCAUCUUUGUAUGCCUGGUGCUUGUAAGGGCCAGUGCCCUUUGUUUGCCUAUUUUACAUUUUGAUCGCACCCAGUCACCCAUGUGGAUGAAAACAUAUAGCCACACAGCUAUAGCAUUAGCUUAGAGUCAACAUAUGUAUGUGUUUGGGGUUGGUACAGAAAGGCAGUCACAUGCACAAUAGGAUAGUUAUUGGUUAUAUUAAUUGGAAAAUGAUAAUUGAACUUUUGGAAACCAUGCACAUUAGAAUCAAUAAAUACACUGUAUGCAUGACAAACAAUUCAAUGUAGUUCUGUGUUCCCCGUUUAAAAUCAAUCCGAACCAUCAGGGAGGCGGAAUUAUUUUUGCGACUUAAUGUCUGAUAGUUUCUAACUCUAUCAGAGGGUAAUAUUAAACCACAAGCAUUAAAAGAAUUUGAGAUAUAGCUACACUCAAUCAUUUUGAGUUUUGUUGUUAUUUCAAGGUCACAUUUUCCAUCUAUGCUCUAUUUACUUAAAAUGAACACGGGAUACUUUAUUUGAUUCAUUGUUUUGUAUUGCUGUACAUCUCUGUGCAGUCGUUUUUUCUCUUUUUAGAUUAACCAGAUACAUAUCUGCAUUAUUUAGUGUUGGGUGGAAGGCUACUAGUUCUAUAUAAAAGGACAUUUGUUUUUUCUUAGUGUUGAAGCAUUUAAAGACGAAGAGAGAGAGGGGGUGGGGCAAAUAAGCUGUAUAUAUGGAAGUAAAUCAUUUGACGACUUACUAACUGAUACAAAUGAUAUAGUAUUUAUACCUAGUAGGUUGUUUUAAGGAGAUAGACUUAAUAAGAGUCUCCAUUUUUAACGUAGCCUCAAGGAGUUUCUGUAGAUUGUUGUUAACGGCUGACUUUGAAAUAAGUCUGUACAAUCAGUCAGUGAGAAGUGAACUAGAAGGAAAUCACCAUUCCUCCAAAUAACAUUGUUAUUCUUAUUUAAUUUACAGCGAAGGAUAUUUACAGUCAAUAACUUAUCCAACAUGGAUCUCGAAAGCUUUAACGUUACAACAUAUCAGACGAAAAAUGUGCAUAGAUUAUAAAAAUGAACAUCUUGACAUUCACCUUACUUUUUUAGGAACAUUUUAGGGAUAGUUAAUAUUACUGUGUGAUUAUUUGUAAAUUGCUAGUAUAUUUCACAAAUGGGGCAGAGCUUGACACAAUUUUGACAUCCUUCUAAACCUGAAAUAAACAUGAUUCUUAUGGCAAUCAUAAACAAGGGUCAAUUCUAUUUGAACACAUGCUUUAAUUAAUCACUAGUGUAAAAAAGAGAUACAGGAUUAGGGAGACAUUUAGGAAGAGUAUCUUCCCUAUGAAAUGAGUUGCAGACUCAAAAGCUCCAACAUAUUUGUAUAUAUGAAAGCAUCAUACACUGGAACUUAUUAGUACUGUUGUAAAUAGAAAAUUAACAGAUUUCAAAUUUUAAAUAUAUUUACAAAGUUAUUUGUACUUUAAUGUUGGAACAAUUCAAAGGCUAAUGUGAAACAAAUAAUGUAAAUAGCCUAUGUAAAAUUACUUAACAUGAAACUUUACAGUUUCACUUAAUCACUCAAUAACAGUGUUUUUUGUUUUCGAUUUUUUGCUCACGUUGAUUUGGUUUUGCAAAAAAUAGGAAAUGUUUCCAAGAAUGUAGCUAUCUUUUUGCAGUGCAAUGUCCGCAAAUGUUAAGUAAUUUUCUUAACCCAUUACCCGCUAAAAAAUAUCACAAAAACACAAAUAAGCAAAAGAUAGCACACACAUACACACACAAAUGUAGAGGAUGGAGAUAAGGACAGUGCUAAACAUACCCAUCUCAGGUCAGCACAGUUUACAGCAUAGAUAUAUUUAAAGUAACAUUCUUUCCUAUGUUACCUCUAAUUGGCUGAUUUUGACUGACAAAGAUCACCCAGGGAUAUUGAUAACCAGUACAAAAGAAAUUAACAUUUAAAAAAAACUUUAUUUAAAUUACACAUGAACCGAUUUUAGCCUUCCCAUAUGUGCAACUGUACUGACAGUUAAUUUAUUAAUUUACGUAUUAAAGAUACAUGUUAGGAUUAUAUAUUUAAGAUGAGUUUGAAUGUGUGGGUGACAUUGUUUGUAUGUAUACUAUCUGUGUGUCAACCAUUAGUUUGGCAAACAAAGGUCUGCUUUUUGAAAAGUGUAUUCACUUUGAAUAGAUGUUUGUACCUCACAGCUCUGUAUUUAUUUCUUCAUAUAUUUUUAUACUAUUAUAAUCCUCUCUAUUAAAGAAAAAUACUGCUGUCAGGUGGCCAUCUUGCAAAUCCAAAUGUAUUUAUGAUCUUUAUGUUUUCAUUUGAGUACACCAACUCCAUGUUAUGCUAUUAGGGAAUUGGAAACAUAAAAACACCUGCGUAUACAAUAAAAAACCUAAAACACUUUAAUUAUCAAAAUUCACACUUGUUUUAAAUGUUAAAUUCCUAAUUCCUUUAAAAAUACACAAAACAAAAUGGCUUUUCCCCACAAAUUUCCUUUUUUAGGAGCUGAAAUGCUGGUCAUGCAAGGUUCUCAUCUGACUGCAGCAGGAAGGAGAAAUAGAUUUCUUCUCUGGAGACUGACAAGGGUGGCCUGGUCUCAUCAGAGCCUGAAAACACACCUUGGUGAACCGUGUCUGUUUGCACACACUCACACAAGAAGCCUUAGAUUCCUGCUAACCUGGUCUUUACUCCAGUUAGCAUACUUCCCUCUAUCCUCCAUCUCUCUCUCUCUCUCUCUCUCUCUCUCUCUCUCUCUCUCUCUCUCUCUCUCUCUCUCUCUCGCUCUCUCCCUCUCACUAUGAACUAACUUUAUAUACGUGCCACUCACAAAAACAUUCCCAGAAAACCAGUUGUACCUUUUCAAACAAUAAACUCUCUGAAAGCCAGUGUCUGUCUUUACUACAUUCAAAAUAUAAACCUUAGUCAAUGAUUACCAUGUCAAUAAAAAAUUGUAUAUAGUUCCAAGUCUUGAAUUCCUUUUUUACUGUACAGUUUAUUUGAUAGAAACUAAACACCAGUUAGCAAUAUUAAGGUCUAAAACUCAAACUCAAGAAAUCUUAGACCCUCAUGGCUUAAUCUAAUAUCUGACUGGAAAUGAAAAAAAAAGUAUUUUACUAUUACUAUCAUUCAAAAAAUAAUAUAAUAUACAAUCAGAAUAAAUUAAGUUUCAGUUAGAUAUGCAUUCAAUUGUUGUUGGUGAUUGGCUGGUUGCAAAUGAAACAAUACCAAGAUUUCAAAGCACUUAAUUCAAGGUAGAGAAUAUCUAACUGGAAUAUAAUGACUUUUGGCAGCCCAAAUUCCUUUGAUAUUUAAAGAAAUUUGCCCUAAUAUGCAGACUUCAAGUGACAUUUCAGAGCAGAAUUUGGUCUAGUAAGUGACUCAAAGUCCUCAUUGAACAUAGGUGACAUUGAGAAAAUACAUGUCUGGAAAGAUUUUGCUGCACAAAGCUAAAAUUAGGCUCAAACCAAGUACCAGUAGUGAAGAACUACACCCAGCUAUGACAUUGCUCCCACUCAAAGCUUUACUAGUUCCAGGAGGUUUCGGCGGUUACCUUCUAGAACCAGCUAUGUCUUCACAGUGGAUCUAUAUCAUAGAUAUCUAAAUCAUUUAUAAUAUUUACAUCUUUGUUUCUCUUAUUUUUUUUGGUCUUGAUAGAAACAGCACUCUAUCUACGUUCUUUUCGUUGUGUUUUAAUUCAAAUAAUUAGCCGGUGAUAUAGCAUUUGAUUCAAACAUAGCUUCUGUUAGCUUAGGGAAUUGAGAAGCAUGUGAGUCAGCUAGCAUUGGGGACAUUUCUCUGGCACAAUCACAAAGACUGAGUGACUUGAGAGGCUCUGUGAUGAGAGAGAACAUCUUUAUUUGUAUCACAUAUUGCUCAAUCUCCUCCAUUAUAGGCAGCCGAGCUAUUUGGAGGAGGAGGUGUUUUCUGUACCCAUAGAUUUUCUCUGUCUGUUAACAGACUGUGUUCAACCAACGUUGAUUGAAUAAGCCCAUGUGUACGUAUUGUCUAUUCUGUGCAUGUUUGACUCAAGUACUGCAACAUGUUGUUUCGAGGAUGUAGGGCAUCAAAAGCAACUGAAAAUAUUUGUGCCCUUGCAAUGUAUUUUAUAAAUGCGGACACAAAUAAAGACAUUGAAAUGUG